AUGGAUUUAAAACUUCAAAAUUGGUUUAAAGUGGAACUGUUACUGACUCGUUCAUGUCAUGUACUUCGAAAAAUGUUCAAGGAUCGUUGGUCUCUGUUUACAGGCCAACAGUGGCUGGAUACUCCGGCCAAUGGUCAUGCUUACACAACAGGCAUUGGUCAAAAAAUUUAUCAAAAUUGCCGUAAUAUCCAAAAAAUUAUGUUACAAACAGGUGAUACAAAUCAAUGGGAUUUAACCACAUUACUUAAUGUUCUUCGUGAAACGAAAUCUAAAAGACAACUUAAUAAAGUCGACAAACAAAGAAUUGCGAAAGAGAAUAAUGAUUUAUUAAUAAUAACGAAUAUUCGAAACAACAGUGCUCAUCAUGCAUCAAAAUGUAUCUCAGACACUGAAUUCGAAACUAUUUGGUCUCAGUUAUCAUCAAUAUUGAUUUCAUUCGGGGAUGAUGCGGAUGAAAUCGCUGAAUUAAAAUUAAAUACGAGUGACGCCAAACAGAAGGAGCCCAUUAAUACUGUAAAUACGAUUGAAGCAAAACGUUUGAAAGAUCUCGGUAACGAAGCAUACAAACAAAAGCACUUUGGUGAAGCAAUAAAAUGGUUCUCACAAGCACUCGUACUUGCUGGCUUGAGUGAUUAUGAUCGAUCUAUUCUGUAUUCAAAUCGAGCUGCUGCAUAUCUGGAGAAACAUGAAACGUCAGAGGUUACCUCGUCGAUGGACUCUCGGUAUCUUGCUCUACAAGACGCUGAGCAUGCACGUGAUCUUCGACAAACUUGGCCAAAAGCUCAUUUUCGUAUUGGGCAAGCGCAUGUCGCACUCGGUGAAUAUGAAAAAGCUGUUCACUCGUUUGAUAAAGCUCUUGCGCUCGAUCCAACUAACAGUGAAAUGAGAAAUUUCCGUGAUUCUGCUCUUGAAAGAAAACAUUACUAUGAUCGAAAGGAUCAUCUGAAUCGGCAAAAUAUGCCGAGAACGACUCGCGAGCAAUUUAACGAGUUGUCAAAAACAUCUGGAUAUACUAUUCAACAGUGUGAAAAAAUGAUUGAUUUUAUCAGAAAAGAUGAUCCAGGCAAAGAUGCUGUGUUUACUGGUCAUCAGUAUCGAGAUGGCGAUGAUAAUGUCAAACAAAAUUAUGAAUUAGCUGCCCGAUUUUAUUCAAAAGCUGCCGCUCUUGGCAGUGCUGAAGGCAUGUACAAUCUUGCUUUACUUCACCAACAAGGAUUAGGAGUUAAAAAAGAUAUACAGGCUACGAUCGAACUGUUGGAACAAGCAGCCGCUCAGAGUCCUACAAUGUCAGACAAAUUGCCCAUCCCGAAUAUUGGUGUAGCAGAAGCUGAACAUUCUUUGGGACUGCACUAUGAAACAGGUGUCGGUGUCGAAAUGAAUUACUAUAAAGCGGCUCAAUGGUAUCAACGUGCAUCAGAUCAUGGUAGUGCAACUGCCGCCAAUAACUUAGGACUUAUGUACGGUGCUGGCAAAGGUGUUGCCAAGGAUUUGGUUAAAUCAGAGCAACUACUUCGCUUAGCUGUUACGCGUGGCGAUCAAAAUGCGGCAAUGAAUUUAGCUCUAUUGUUCUCCGAGAAACAAGACUUUCAAGCGGCAGAACAAUGGUGUCUAUUUGCAAGUGAAAAUAACAAUAUAUUGGAUAGAAGCCGUUUGAAACACAUUCGAGAUGCAGCUGAAAAACAACGUGAGCUGUUUAAGAAAUUAGAUGUUGAAAAUUGGGAAAAACAGAAUGUUUUAUCAAAGUUCUUCCUACUCAAAUCGGCGAUGUCUGAUGCAGGACCAGGUGAAUCAUCAAUCAACGCAGGAAAACCCAAAUCACGUCUAUCUGAUACACGACGCCUUGAUACGAUCCAGUGGCAUCGAAAAUCUAUUGCUGAAAAACGUAAAUUUUCCUCAGGUUGCAAGCUGAUAACCUCAACAACUAAACCUCGUCUGGAUCAAAACUCACCUGCAUCAUUGAUUGGAUUGAAAGGAAUUACACUACGUGAAAUGAACCCAGCGAAAGAUUAUGUUUAUCAAGGAUAUGUAUUGUCAGGUAUAAUUUUCGAGCAAUCACCAGUCGUUGAACCAUCCAUAUGGCUGCUAUUCGAGGAUGAUAAUGGUGAUUUAGAACGACUCUUUAUAUAUAAUAUUCCGGCGUCUGAAGGUUGGCAAUUAAUAAAAGAUACGUAUAUUUACGGCACAAAAAUAAGUAUUUUAAAUCCGUAUAUGCGCAUGGCGGCUGAUAACAAACCGGCUAUUCGUGUGGACGAUGCUUCGUCGAUUAUUUUACACGGAAAUGCUCACAGUGUGAAGGAUAUGUGUCGAUGUUGUAGCGAACCAAAUGCAUCACGUGUUUGUGGCAAAUGCGGAUCGGCUCACUAUUGUUCAAAAGAAUGUCAAACAAUCGAUUGGAAACAAUGUGGUCAUAAAUUAAUUUGCACCUGA